CACAGUGCACCGCGCUCCCUUUCCCCUCACACCGCCGCUAUCCCACAGUGCCCCGCGCGGAGCCGCUCCGUCCCGCCGCUCUCUGUCCGCGCCCCGCGCAGCCAUGGCGUACCGCGGGCAGGGCCAGAAGGUGCAGAAGGUGAUGGUGCAGCCCAUCAACCUGAUCUUCCGCUACCUGCAGAACAGAUCCCGGAUCCAGGUGUGGCUCUACGAGCAGGUGAACAUGAGGAUCGAGGGCUGCAUCAUCGGCUUUGAUGAGUACAUGAACCUGGUGCUGGACGAUGCUGAGGAAAUUCACUCCAAAACCAAAUCCAGGAAGCAGCUGGGGCGGAUCAUGCUGAAGGGGGACAACAUCACCCUCCUGCAGAGCGUCUCCAGCUAGGGGCAGCUUCCCGCUGGGAACGGGACUGGGAAACUGGGAAUGCUGCGGGAACAGGAUCGCGUCCCUCGGCUCCUCGGGAGUUCUGUUUUGUACUGUGGGGUUUUUUGGGGCAAUAAAACGGGGUUUUCACAAAA